AGAAUAAAUAACCGUCCUCCUGCUGUGCCUUCUGUGAUGGCUGCGGCUUUGCGUAGACUCAGUGCUAUACUAAAGAACUGUGCAACUAAUGUCUCCAACGCGUCUCAACGCUGUAAAAAGACUGAAACAGGUGUAAUUGAAACAGGAGUAUGCUUUGUUCUUGGGGGCGCUGUAGCUUACUACUGUUAUGACCGUGUUGGACAGGGAAGGAAACUUGGUAGUGGCCAGGCUUUCGCUCCCUUGGUGCAGACAGUAACUGCCAAAGAAAAGACCAGGAGAGUGGUUGAGGAUGAGGAGGAGCACCUAUCAGUGCAUGAGGAGCGUUUCCGCCUGUUCAGCACAGUGGAGUGUGAGGGCCAGCUCUACAUGACCCCACUCAACUUCCUGGAGGCGGUCACUAUCAGCCUACCCAAGAACAAGAAGUUUUGUAAAUCCAUUUCACGAGAGGAUUUGGAAAAGAUGCUGUCAAGCACACCGCCUGUUGGAAAGGGAUCCCCCAAACUGUUCAGAGACAUUCAUGAUAAAGGCGUUAUCACUUACACAGAGUAUCUCUUCCUACUUUGCAUUUUAACAAAACCUCGCAAUGGCUUCAAACUAGCCUUUAAAAUGUUUGAUGCCGAUGGAAAUGAAAUUGUGGAUAAAAAAGAGUUUUUGGUGCUUGAGGAUAUUUUCCAUAAGAAAGCUGACAGAAAGGCGAGAAGAGAGGAAUCGGACACGGUGGCACAGCUGCCUGUGAAAUCAAAAAUGACCAACACAACCCUGCUCGUGCAUUUCUUUGGAGAGGACGGAAAAGGAACGCUAAACUUUGACGAUUUCUACAGUUUCAUGGACAACCUGCAGGCAGAGGUGCUUGAGAUUGAGUUCCUCAGCUACUCGAAGGGCUUGCCCACCAUCAGUGUGGAGGAUUUCGCCCAGGUCCUUCUGCGCUACACCACCGUGGACAACAUCAGCAGCUACCUGGAGAAUGUGCAGCAGAAUUUCCCUGAUGACAAGGGGAUCACCUUUGAAGAGUUCAGAACCUUCUUUCAAUUUCUCAUCAAUUUGGAGGAUUUUGCAAUUGCCAUGCAGAUGUAUAAUUUUGUCAAUCGUCCAGUGGGGCAAGAUGAGUUCUCCAGAGCUGUCUACGUGGCUACAGGCUUAAAGCUCAGCAAACACCUAGUGAACACUGUAUUCAAAAUCUUUGAUGUCGACCACGAUGAACAGCUGAGCUACAAGGAGUUCAUUGGCAUCAUGAAGGGCCGACGGCAGAGAGGCUCUUGGGCCAACAGAGGUGAUGGCCAUUUCAUAUCAUUCAAGUCCUGUAUGAGAAAGCAGCUCUCCAGCAAAUAGUUGGAAAGUGUCCAGUGUCUUGGACCUCCUGCAUCCAGAUUCUGUCUCCCUGCCUUGAGGAAGAGUUAAGAGAGGAUCUGAUGUUGAAGACAGUAAAGCGCAUCUUGCAGUGGUCUUAACUGUGUCAUGUUACUGUUUCUGUCAGGCGUAUCAGCUGGAACUGACAGAAUGGGGCUUUCUUUGAAAUUAAGGGAUAAACAGUGGAAUAGGUAACAUAAUUUCUAUCCAAUAUAUUCAAUAUGGUUGAUGGUUCUAAUGUCUAACUUAUAGGAGUAAUCGCUUGAAUGUGUUUUAUUUGAAAAAGGGCCUUCCAUACAGUUUGCUUAUUUUGCAUUUUUCUAUCAGGGGGGCAGGUUAACUCUUUAAGUUGUUGUUAGUUUGAAAUCAUUAAAACGAUCAAAAAGGUUUUUUUUAUUUAUUUAUUUGACUGAAGAAUAUUGCAAGAAGGUUCUGCUAUACAGUUUGAUAUGACUGUAGUAUUACCAUUAUAUAUUUAUUCUAUUUUAAUGUUAUUUUCUCAUAAUGAUGUCUUACUUCAGCAUAAUAAAGUCAGUCUCUGAGUCAUCUGAAACUGCUGGUCUGUCUGUGUAGUUGUUAAGACUGAUUCCCUUCAAAUUCUAAGCCACUUAAUCUGCCUAUACAGUGAGCACAUUGCUAACAUACUUUCUCCAAGCCUGUCUGCAGUCCACAACACAGAUCAACUCAGAGAGAAUAGGCCUAGUGGGGCAACAAUUUCUUGUAUUGUUGUCUUUAUUUAUAUUUUUUAUUAAGAACAGUUUUACUUGCAAAAAUCUAGAGUCUUAAACAGGGCUAGGGACCCUUCAUUGUUGAGUAGGCUGUACAAUAGUGGUUCUGCAUUGCUCCAUGCUCAUGUUGGAAAAUGGAAUAAUACUGACCCUGUUUUGAACAUGUGAUGGUUCAUGGUAAUAAAACAAAUGCAUUAUU